AUGUUUUCAGAAUAUGCAUCACGAUUCUUGGCUCAGUCGCAGUCUAGACUGUCUGGUUUCGCUGGCCAGGGCGACAACGACUGGCUGCCUUCGAGACCGAGCCGCGCUGGACGAGAUGUCGGUAGAGGGAAUCCAGCGCACAGGUCAUUCUUGUCGAGAGGAUAUGCGGGCAAUCCAUACCAACAAAACGGGAGCGGCUCGCGGUUUGGCAGUCUAGGCUUCGCAUCCAGAAUAUCCGCGGCACAAGAUGCGCCCCUGUUCCACAGCACCGUCGACGACUUUCGGGAAGAGGACGAUGAGGAAGAGCGGGAGCGAGAGGCGGCGGAUCUCUUCGCUCUGCAGAGGUCGCGGCGGGUUGCGGCUGCAAGCAAGCUUGCGGAAAGCACCGAGUCGGCCAACAGUCACGGCUCCAUCGAGGACAGCGCCAGAGAAGACAUCGUCAACAGUCCAUAUCGUGAGCGAGCAUUCGGGCGCGGUAUAAGAAGCAGCUGGAACGGGACGAGGAGCUCGCACCAACCACACCCGGCUGGUGACACUCUAUUCGAAGAAGAGAACGAGGAGGACCCCGGAUCCAGUCGAGAGAACCACGACAAUGGCCGAAGCCCACGGGCGAAGAGUAGCAGAAUGGUUGACGUUGGGCUGGACUCUCCGGCAGGUGGUGGUGAUGAGGAGGAUCCUCUCGAAUCGCUCCUGGGAGGCGAGGCAGCAACGGAUUCUGGCCCGCCACCCUUCCAACGAUUCAAGUCACAACCCGAGCGCGAACCGUUCAUGUCGAGAAGGACUUCUACGGCCGAGUCGGAUCUCAGCAGCCUCGGCAGAUACCAUGCCGGGGAGCACGAAGCAGAGGCGGCGCAGCCUGAUACUUUUGCCGUCGAGGGCGAGCUGUUUCGGCACGACCCAUUUUUUGCCUGGAUCUUCUUGAUCAGCUUGGCGGCCAUGAUGUCUACCUUUGUGCUUGUGUGGCUUCACACCUCUCCGCAGAAGAACCCGGUUGGGGACACGAUUUAUUCCACGCUGCAAAAGUCAUUCGACAUGCUAGCCGUUGACACGGUAGUGGCAGUGUUUGUGUCGUUCGUUUGGCUCGCCACGCUGCGCUCCUUUGUGCGACCUCUUGUCAGCGUUAUACUGAUCGCGGUGCCGGUCGUGACCUUGUCCUUGUCGCUGUACUCGUUUGUCUCGUCGUUCAAGGGGAGGACGCGCGGCUCGAGCUUGCAGGACUCUGUUAUGCGAUGGGUGGCUCUGGUUCCCGCGGCGUCGUGCGUCCUGUGGCUCUGGCUCGUGGUCAAGGGCCGGCGGGCCAUCCAGCAAGCGAUUGACGUGCUGCAGUUCUCGUCCAAGAUCCUGGCCCAAAACUCGGGCCUGCUGAUUGUGGGCUUCGGGUGCUUGGGCAUCGUCGUGGCCUGGACUUGGGCGUGGCUGGCCAUGUUCACCCGCGUCUUCAUGGGGGGUUACUUUUCAAAGUCGCUCGUCAGGUUUGUCAUUCGCCUGUCGAGCUGGUGGCUGGGCGCCGCGUUCGUCUUGAUGUACGUGUGGACUCUGGCGGUCAUCAACGCCGUCCACCGGGCGACGACUGCCGCCACGGUCUCGCAAUGGUACUUUCACCGCAACGCGGGUCCCGUCACGCCGUCGCGGGACAUCGUGACGGCCGCGCUGGGUCACGCGACGACGACCAUGUUUGGCAGCAUCUGCGAGUCGACGCUGCUCUCGCUGCUGAUUCGGGCCCCUCUGCUCUUCCUCCCCAGGCGGAUGGGCAUGGCGGUCAGCAACGUGGCAGCGUUUUGGAUCCCCACCCCGGUUGUGGCUCUGACGAACCCGCUCACGGUCACGUAUGCCGCGAUUCACUCGCAGAGCCUGGCGGUGUCGGCGAGGGGCCUCGACCAGAUGGAGAUUGUGUCCCCCUCGAUCCCCACCACGACGCUGACUCCUCGCGCGCUUCGACUACGCGGGCAAGCCGGCGGCCUGCUCCCGUAUCGCCUGGCCAAGCUGCUUCUGGUCGCGACGCGACUGGUGAUGGCGACGGGGCUGGGGUUUGCGGGCUGGGUCAUGACGGCCAAGCAGCUCCGGGUUCAGCUGCCCGACGGGGUGGGCGUCCGGGGCUCCGCCUACGCCUACGUGGUGGGCAUCAUGGCUGGUUUUAUCGGGUACUCGGUGAUGGGCGCCAUGGAGGGCAUCCUCAGCGGCAUCGUGGAUGCGGUCCUGAUAUGCUACGGCAGUGAGAGACGGAUGGAGAGAGGGCAUGGACGCUACUGCCUGGAGGCGGCGUAUCUGUUUGGGGAGAGGCGCACCGGGGACGACGACGUAGGAUAUGUGUGA